AAUGGAACGGAUCAAGACGUCAUCUGUAUGAGAGGAGCUCGUGGGCCGCAGGGCCGUGAUGGGCCCCGAGGACGUAGGGGUCGCCCAGGUUACAUUGGAAAGGCGGGGAAAAGGGGUCCUCCUGGGGCACGUGGUCGCCAAGGACCCAGAGGGAGACCUGGAAGCGCUUUAGCGGGAAAUACUUCGAGACUACUCCAGGAUAUAGAUAUCCCAAGAAUAAAAAAGAAGCCACCAACCAGCAUGACUGUCAAAGAGGAUAGCAAUGUCUCUCUACCCUGCUACUCAAAAGGCUUUCCAAAACCAGAGGUCACGUGGUUUAAAAAUGGCCAAAAGAUGAACUCCAGGAAGUAUAACAAAGAUACAGGCAUGUUGACGUUUCCCAGCAUUCAUUUCAACGAUCGAGGCCUGUACAGAUGCGAAGCAAGGAAUUUCAUAGGGGUCGAGUCUGCAACUGUGAAAAUUGUUGUCGAAGGUAUAGAAAACUAAUUAUGCGUUGUAAUCGUUGCUUGGAUCUCAGUUGAUGUUGUAGUUUUUGUUGAUUUAGUUCAUCGUUAUCUUCUUA